UCAAGCAAGAGUCCCUAGACUCUCUAUGGAUUAUUUUCCAAAAGAAGGGAGAGGCCAAGAAACCACUUACUCAGACACGGAAAUGAUGGAAAGCAGGGGCUCCUCCGAAUGAAAAAAGGGUAGAACCUCAAAUGGAAAAAUCAUAUGGGAAAGGAAAAGCAAUUAUAGAAGAGGAAAGUCUCUCCGUAAGAGGAAAUGAUUAUGUUAGAGGAGAGUUGGAAACUAAUUGGUUUCUUCAUCAAGAAAAUCCAAAAAUUUUCAAUUCCCAGAAUCAACCGAUCAGGGUGAACUCGCCAUAUGAACUUUUUUCAAGCCCAAUCCCACCGAUACAAUCAGAUGCAAGCAGUGGUUCAAGAAGUUCAAGAAAUCCAAGAAAUGAAACCCUCACCUUUAUAGAAUCGGACAGGCAGAGGAAAGCAGACCCAUUAUCGGCAUCUCCACCGAUUCUUUCAGCCCAUGGUAGCGGCGACUCAGUGAGUACCAAACCCACGGUUUGGAUGGUGGGGAUGAACCCUUCUACUAUAGAAUACAGUAAAACCUUCAUAGAAAUUAAUGGCCCUCCACCAACUAGAAAAUCCACAUUUAAUCCGAGAGUUAAUUUCCCUCCUCCGAAUAUCUCCCCAUCAAUCACUCAGGAUUCUCAAGCCUCUCAAUCAAUCGAUCCACAACAUCACCACAUGGACGAACUGGAAUCAAAGAGAUUCACUCUCCCAGUAACUGAAGAUUGGGUUUCUCGUUGGCUUAAGACAAGUGCCGAUCUUCUUGUGCAAACUAAUAGAUCGGAUCCUUCGUUGGCUAAUACUUUUGACUCACAGAAGGUACAGCAGGCACUCCUUGUCGCAACUGGGCCUGAAGCUCACGUAAAAUCUACAAGCACUCAAAGCCCAAGUAAACAUCAGUCGGGCACUCACUCGGAAGUUAUGAUCAGAAGCAGUAUUUGGAAAUUCGGCCAACCUUUUAAUGCUCAAAGCCCGCUGGGUACUAAACCAAAGGAUUUAAAAUUUGUGCCUUCAAUAACUUAUCUCCCGGUUAAGCUGAGUGCACCACAAGUCGUCCCAUACGACAAGUCUGCUCCAAAGAAGUCAGGGCCUACCACACGUCUUACGGUAAAUAAUAACACUUCUGCUCAGGAUGGUUCCCUAGACCACGACCUUUCUCACUAUACUUUAGGAGGCUCCAUCACACUCCCUCCACCUUCUGAGUUGGAAUCUCCUCUGAAAAGAUCGGCUCCUCUAACUAUCUAGGAAGCUAACUCAUCAAGAUCAAAAGUGCAGAAAACUUCUGAGGUAGAAAAUUCACAGUUAGGGAACUCUUUGAAAGUCAUUGGAGAUGAGGAGAAAGAAGCGGCAAUUAUGUUACUAUCUAUUAAAUCAAAGUCUUCAGGGAAAGCUAAAAAAACAAAGGAAGCUGUAAGAUCCAAACCAUAUAGCAGAACUGCACCAAAGGCAUAUUUGUCUGGAAAAACCAAGAAAGCUGACGAGGCGGGCUCUACCAUGCCUCCGAGCAUUCCAUGAAGUCUUUGGUAUGGAAUUGCAGGGGUUUAGCCCGCCCCAAAGCAAUCAGAAGUUUAAGGGCUUUUAUAAAUAAGUUUAACCCGGAUAUUAUCUUUUUGUCGGAAACCUUGGUGUCUAAUGAUAACACCCCUAUUAUUGUAAAUAGACUAGGUUUC